CCGCCUUUCGCUUUCAGUCCCGGGCGCCGGAGGCAAAGGCAGCGGAGCGGAGGCGCCGGCGCGUGAGGGCGCGAGGGGAGGGCCGGCCGGACCCGCCCGCACCCAUGGCGCCCACCGCCCUCUGGGCCGCGCUGACCGUCGGACUGCAGCUCUGGGCCGCUGGGCGCGCCGUGCCCUCCCAGGCUGUGUUCAUGCCCUACGCCCCGGAGCUCGGGAGCUCAUGCCGGCUGCCCCUGAAAGAAUACUAUGACACAAAGGCCCAGAUGUGCUGCAGCAAGUGUCCACCAGGCUUCCGAAUACAAACCUCAUGCAACAGAACCUCGGACACUGUGUGUGGCUCCUGCGAGAGCAGCACAUACACCCAGCUCUGGAACUCGGUUUCUGCGUGCUUUAGCUGCAACUCCCGCUGUAGCUCCGGAACUGCGACAUCAGAUGUGGUAUGUGCGCCCUGUGCCCCGGGCACGUUCUCCAGCACACUAUCGUCCACGGACACCUGCCGGCCCCACCGGAUCUGUAGCUCGGUGGCCAUUCCUGGCACCGCAAGGAUGGAUGCAGUCUGCACAUCUGAGUCCCCCACCCUGAACGUGGCCCAGGGCCCAGCCCCCACGAGAUCACAACGCAUGGAGCCAACGCCGGGGCCCAGCGUAGCUCCAAGCACCGCCCCCCUGCCCCCGAUGACCCCAAGUCCUCCAAGUCCCCCAGUUGAAGGGCUCAACACAGGGAACAUCUCUCUUCCAAUUGGACUGAUCGUGGGUGUGACAGCCAUGGGUCUGUUAAUAAUUGUCCUGGUGAACUGUGUCAUCAUGACUCAGAAGAAAAAGAAGCCCUUCUGCCUGCAAGGAGACGCCAAGGUGCCGCACCUGCCCGCCGAAAAGGCCCGAAGUGUCCCCGGUCCUGAGCAGCAGCACCUGCUGACCACGGCGCCCAGCUCCAGCAGCAGCUCCCUGGAGAGCUCGGCCAGCGCCCCGGACAGGAGGGCACCCACCCCGUCCCAGCUCCAGGCACCGGGCGCGGACAAGACCAGUGGGUCUGGAGAGGCCCGGGCCAGCUCCAGCAGCUCAGAGUCAUCUUCCGGCAGCCACGGGACCCAGGUCAAUGUCACCUGCAUUGUCAACGUGUGCAGCAGCUCUGACCAUAGCUCCCAGUGCCCCUCCCAGGCCAGCUCCACGAGGGACACAGAUGCCAGCCCUUCCAGCUCCCCCAAAGAUGAGCAGGUCCCUUUCUCCAAGGAGGAGCGUCCUUUUCAGCCCCAGCCGGGGGCUCCAGAGACUCUACUGCAGAGCCCAGAGGAGAAGCCCCUGCCCCUGGGUGUGCCUGACGCCGGGAUGAAGCCCAGUUAACCAGGCUGGUGUGGGCUGUGUCCUCUGGUCCUUCUAGGCCCCUCCCCCCCAGAACUCUGGCUCUUUCUGGGCUAAAUUCUUUUAGUGGCUUCCAAGCCCCGGGCUUCCUCUCACCUGCAGGUGGAAGCAUGAGGCAGGGAGAGUCGUGGUGUGUCCUCUCCUGGUGUGUGUCUUUCUUGGAAGGCUGGUGGACACGGAUGUGCUGGGCAGCCUGGGGCAAGCCACCCCCUGCCCCAACCUCAGUCGGUCCUGUGGGCUUGGCUUCUGAAGCCCUUGUCAUGUUUGUGUUUUAUUUUUCUUUUAAUCCUUGGGCUUUACUAGGCUCUGGCUUCCUUCUGGGGACGAGGGAUGCUGGGUGCAUCAUCCGAGGACAAGGGGCAAUGGAGAAAGGGCAAGCCGUUAAAUUAACCUGGAUGUGAGACUACAGGACAGUCCCAGCAGGGGUGGCAGGUUGCCGUCAAUCAGAUGGUUCUAUGCACAGAGAGGGUGGCAACCCCUGUAGGGGACAGGAGUCCUCCAGGUUAGCUCAGGACCCCUGAGAAGCUGCAUGUCCAAAUCCACUCCUGCGAGCCCCAUCUCUUGUAUCAUGGGGUGAAAACCAGAUGCCCAGGGAGCCCAGACAGGCAGCCCAAAUGAGUGCUGUGAGCUGGUUAAAAUGGCAGACCUCUAACCAGCAAACCUCUAAUCAGUCGGAAUCUUCCAGCUUUGACGUGGUAAUUUAAAAACAAAAAAGUAAGCACCAUACAGACAAACAAGCCAACAAUGUAACAAAGCCAAAGUCUCAGAGUUUGCAUCUGGUGUCUUUGAUCUUCCCCCCGCCCCCGUUUACCCAUAGCUCUAACCUCCCAACCUCCCCCACUGUCUGGGGUUGAGCUCCAAUGCCACACCUUUUCCUAUCAGGAACCGGAGGUGACUGAGGCCCCUCAGCCAUCUCCUCCUACCUCAGCCUGGACCUUCCUCCUUUGCCUCCCAAGGGGGUGCUCCUGUUUCUUCCCACCCCUGCCCGCUGUUCCUGGAGUUCCAGGUCCCAGUGGAUCCUCCGAGCCACUUUGGUACUGUGCCCACUGAGAGCCGGAGUGGACGUGAGAUGCUGAGAGCCAGUCUUGUGUCUGUGUGUCUGUGAGUCUGUGUUGUACCUUGUGGUUCUGUGCAGUCCGUGUUAUUAGGUUGUGGCCUGCCAGAAGCAGCUGAAGCCAACACUUUUGCCGAGGGAUGCUUCCUCAUUAAGGAGCCAGCCCACUCCCCGCAAACACGCGCCCAGGCCCUGCAGGUGGUGGACCAGUUGGCCUUAACUGGAUGUGGGAAGGAAGGGGGAUGGGGAGCUCCUUGAGAAGACAGGUCCCAGGUACUUGGAUCCCUUGUUGAAAAAUUCCACUGGACUUGAACUUGGCAGCUGAACUCUUGGAGGGUGGGAGAAGCCCAGCCAUUAGGCUGGAGUGAAGAAAGGCAUCCCACCCUGGGAUCCCUCACGACAUCCCUCUGGACUGGACGGCAGGCAGCUGGGGUCUCUGCCCAUGUUGGACCCUUUGUGGCCGUGGAGCACUUCUGCCCCCUGGCGGACGGCGCUGGGAGGACCUCAGGUCUCCUUGCCAUCGCCCCAGCAGAAGCGGGAAACUUUGGAAGGAGACUCUUUCCUGGCAGUGGACUCAUUUUGUUACUUUGUUACCAGACUUGCCAGCCAACAGACUCUUGCUCAAAAGAUGCCAACCUCUCUCUUGAACAGGAACUAACACAGACCUUUCAGUUAUUGGGUCUGGACCCAAGCCAUAAGAAGAAAAAGAAAAAAGAAAAGGAACCAACAGAAACCCAGAUGGUGAUGAAUCUGACCUCCAACAGGUCCCCAGUCUCAUCCUACCCUGAUUUUACUCCAUGAGCAUAUUCGAUGACAGACCUCCCGGUGGCCGUGACCAGAAAUCACUAACUGAAAAAGAACAGGAAAGAGGUGACUCCCUCAUUUCCAGGAAAACCCUGCCUCUUUUCCAGAAAACUGAUGCAUUUGUCCCUAGUCAUUAGCCUCACUCCUCCCCCGAUUGUCUUUACUCCUUAAAAGCAAAUCCCUCUGGCCGUUAAGGUCGGAAAUUGAUUGAUGAACUUAAGUUCCUGCUUCUCCAUUCUCUGGUCAUUGAAUAAAGCUUGCACUGCUUGGAGCUGAACUUCGGUUUUAUCUUGGGCUGUGCGAACCCCAAUGGAAAAAGAGCCUUUCCCACCGAGGCAAGGGGCCAGGCUAGGGCCCAAGUGGGGGGGGGUCUCUACAACCUAAUUCGGUAAUAAAAUGUUGGCGACUCUG